AUGAAGUUCACCAGUAUUUUCACCUUCCUCGGUCUGGUCAUGAUGGUCGUGGCCGGCGGUGGCGGCGGCGGCGGUGGUGGCGGAUCUUGCUCAAACCCUUGCGAACCCGGCUGCAGUGGCUGUACUGGUCCAAGCUGUUGCCAGAAGAUGGCUCGAUUGAUGGCCCGCGACUGGUCUUUCAACAGCUUCACGCCUCGCGGUAUUGCUGAACUUUUCGACUUUGCCGAGGAGUCUUAA